AUGCUGCUUUCUCAGGAGCAGAAGGAAGCCUUCCAAGGCACAAACUCAGGCACGGCUUCUGCAAAUGAUUUAAUUUCUCUGAAGAUCAAUGGCAGCAGAUUGAUGGCUUCACUCCAUCAUUCCUGUGAAUUUGGAAAGGCACACUCCUAUGGAUCACACGAGACAGAAACCGGCAUGGCGCGUCUAGCUCUCAGCAAUGCUGACAAGGCUGUACGACAGUGGUUCGUACAAGAAGCAGAGUCUCUGGGCUGCAAAAUCACAAUCGACCAGAUGGGCAACAUCUUUGCGGUCCGCCCCGGGAAGAACUCAACAGCACCGCCCAUCAUGAUGGGCUCGCACUUGGACACACAGCCCACCGGGGGAAGGUAUGAUGGGAUACUCGGCGUUGUGGCUGGUCUGGAGGUUUUGAGAACGCUGUAUGAAAAUGACUAUCAGAGUGAAGGAAGCAUUGGUGUUGUCAACUGGACCAAUGAGGAGGGUGCCAGAUUCCCGAUUAUCACCGUUUCUUCAGGAGUGUGGUCGGGGCAUAUACCCUUGGACUUGGCUUGGAACUGUCUGGAAAUUACGCCAAGUCAGGAUGGCAAUCGUUACACCAUGAAAGAAGAAUUGGAACGGAUCGGCUUUUUGGGCGUUACUCCCGCAUCAUACGAAUCCCAGCCUAUCGCCGCACAUUUUGAGCUCCAUAUCGAACAAGGUCCGGUUCUGGAGCAUGAGAGGCGUAAGAUCGGAGUUGUCAGCGGCGGACAAGCUUACAAAUGGUUCGAAGUGAGCAUCAAGGGUAGAGACAGCCACGCUGGAUCAACUCCAAUGGAGGCAAGAAAAGACUCCGUUCUGGCCGCUGCAAAAAUGAUCGUCGAGUCGAACAAGAUCGCAAAGGCGCAUUCCGGGUUGAUCACAACGGGCCUUGUCGAGACGGAGCCUGGAAGCAUCAACACCACGGCUUGCACUACGCGAUUCACGCUUGAUAUGCGCCAUCAUUUAGAUAGCGAGCUCGCUAACAUCGAAGACGAGUGCUUGACGACAUUUCGAAGGAUCGCCGCAGAAGACAGCGAGGCAGGGGUUUUGGUGGAAUGGCAACAGCUCGCCGCUAAUCCAGCAGUUACAUUUCAUCACGACUGCAUUAGUGUGAUCGAAUCCGCCGCAGAAGAUGCUCUCGUAGAUCUACCGAAGACUGCGAACGACGGGAAACUGUGGAAACAUAUGGUCAGUGGAGCGGGGCAUGACAGCUUCCACACCAGUCGAAGAUGUCCGACUGGCAUGAUAUUUACGCCAACGAGAGAAGGACUAUCACACACGCCAAGUGAGUACUGCAGUCCUGAAGAUUGUGCGCUUGGUGCGCAGGUGCUACUCGGAGCAGUGCUGAGAUACGAUAAGUUCCGAAUGGAGAGAGGGAUGCUUGCUUGA